GUAGAGAGAGAAAAGCCAAAACUGUAUACACGCACUCGCCCAAAAAAAAUAACAGCCUAGGGUUUGACUGCAGAAAUGCAAAAUUCUUGAAAAUUCAGAGAGGGUAGAAAAUUCCGGCGAGUUCGGGUUCUCGCCGGCCGAUCUUCUAAUUGGCCCCACAAUUUCGGCUCCGAAAUCCUCACCUCCUCCUCCUCCGCUGAAUUUUCGCAUUCUUUUCCAUUUUAUUUUCUAGAGAGAGAAAGUGCGGAAUUAUAGAUAUAUAUACACACACUCAAUCAUAUGUGGGUGUGUCUGCGUUAAGAGAGAGAAAGAGAGAUAGAGAGUGUGUGUGUGGGACAGAGGUGAGCAGACGUUAAUUUGAACGUUGGGAUCUGAGUGGGAUAGAAGGGAAGGGGAUAUUUAACGACAGCGGUUUUUUGUCUCUGACGCGGGAGAAUUAAAUUUUUUCCCUAACAAAAUACAAUCCUUGUUGGUUUUCUGGUGUGCUGAAUUUUUCUUUGUCCUCUCCUACUUUUUCAACAAGAAUUGAGUUCCGAUUUUUUGCAUGCAAUCGGGGGGUGGGGCACAGCAAGGCGGUGGUGCCGCCGCCGGGCAUGGGCGGGGCACGGCAGCCUCUGCCUCUGCCUCUCCGUCUUCGUCCUCUUCGGCUUCACACCUGGAUCAGCAGCAGCAGCAACAACAACAACAGCAGAGACAGCAGCAAUUAUUGCAGCAACAGUUCCUUAGAAGACCUGAGGGAAAUGACCCUAAUUUAGCCUACCAGGCUGGCAGUGUACAUGGAUUUUUAGGAGUGAACAACUUUGCUGCGCCUUCCAGCUCCAUGCAGCUGUCUCAGCAGUCAAGAAAGUAUAUUGAUUUGGGACAGCAGCACAAUUCACCCAAUUUACGGAAUGAGGGUCAAAACAGGAGUCAGGGCUUUGAACAACAAAUGUUUAAUCCUAUCCAACAGGCUUACCUGCAGUAUGCUUUCCAGAAUGUCCAACAGAAAUCAGCUAUUGGAUUGCAAUCUCAACAGCAAAUGAAGAUGGGAAUAUUUGGCAAUACAGGCAAGGAUCAAGAUACUAAGACUCCAAACACAAAAGUGCAGGACCUUGUAUCCUUGCAGGUAACAAGUCAGUCUCAGGCAUCAUCGUCCAAGAUGCCAUCAGAGCACUUUUCGCAUGAAAAACAGACAGAUCAUGGUCAUCAGUCUAUGUCUGAUCAGAGGACUGAGCUUAAGCCUCCUAGCCAGCCAACCUUACUUGGGCAAGUGGCAAUGAAGCAUAUGCAGGCACCACAGGGUCAGCAGAGCAUUCAGAGUAUGACAAAUAACCCUCUUAUGGCUGCACAGAUGCAGGCAAUACAAGCUUUGGCCUUUGAACGUAAUAUUGAUCUUUCAAAUCCUGCCAAUGCAACUAUGAUGGCACAACUUAUUCCAUUAAUGCAGUCUAGAAUGAUUCCACAACAGAAAGCCAGUGAGAGCAAUAUGCCUCUGCAGUCUCCAUCUGUUCAUGUGCCAAAGCAGCAGGUUAAUUCACCUCGAGUUGCAAAUGAUAGCUCUCCUCAUGCUAAUUCCUCCAGCGAAGCAUCUGGGCAAUCAAGUUCUGCUAAAAAUAGGCAAACUGUUACUAGUGGUCCUCUUGGCUUGGCACAGAGUGCAGCUUCAGUUAACCACUCUAAUAAUAUACCUGUGCAACAGUUUUCUGUUCAUGGUAGAGAGAAUCAGUUGCCUCCCAGGCAACCAAUAAUGGGUGGCAAUGGGUUGACUCCUCAUCUAUCGCAGACAACUGUGAGCUCAAUGCCAGGGAUGGAGAGUACACUUAUGGCUAAAGCUGCCUCAACUGCUGUGGAAACUAUGCAGAUACAACAAAUCAAGCAAGUGAAUCGACCUUUAAUGCAAUCUGCAACUUCAUCUCAGGAUGGGAGCUCUGGAAAUCCCCCUCCAUCUCAGAGUGGAACCUUGCCACAGUUGCAACAACCACAAUUGGGGUUCUCUAAACAGCAGUUGCAUGUUCUUAAGGCUCAAAUUCUUGCAUUUAGGCGAUUAAAGAAAGGAGAUGGGACUCUGCCACGUGAGUUGCUCCAAGCAAUUGUUCCACCUGCACUGGAUUUACAAAUGCCACAGGUUCUUCCUCCUAAUGCACCAUCCAAUCAAGACAGAUCUGCCACUAGAGGUACAGAGGACCCUGUAAGACGCCUGGAGCAUACUGAGAAGGGGACUCAGCUCAUGAUACCUGCUGAAGGACUAAAUAGUUCAAAGGAGGAAACUUCUGUAGAGGGGCAAGCAAGUGCUGCAACUGUUAAUUUGCAAACUAAGACAAAUGUGGCCAAAGAGAGCACAUCAGUGUUUCCUGCAGCAAAAGAAGAGCAGCAAACUACAGGAUAUUCUGGUAAAUCAGAUCAGGAUGUUGAACGCAGCAUUGAAAAUAAUACUAAUAAAAGUGAUGUCACAAUGGGCAAGGGGAAAACAGUUUCUCCCCAAGCUAAUGUUUCUGAUACUGCGGUGCAAGCAAAGAAACCUGCACAAACAAGCCCUGUGACUCAGCCUAAGGAUGCUGGUGCUGUACGUAAGUAUCAUGGUCCUUUGUUCGAUUUCCCUGUCUUCACGCGGAAACAUGAUGCGUUUGGUUCAUCCAUGAUGGUGCCCAAUAAUAAUAAUUUGAUAUUGGGGUAUGAAAUCAAGGAUCUUAUAGCCGAGGAAGGCACAGAAAUGUUUAAAAGAAAAAGGGAAGAUAACAUAAAGAAAAUUGGUGAGAUUCUUUCUCUUAAUGCAGAGAGGAAGAGAAUUAGGCCAGAUCUUGUUUUGCGGUUGCAAAUAGAAGAAAAGAAACUUCAGCUCGCUGAUGUGCAGGCACGUAUAAGGGAUGAGAUUGAACAGCAACAACAAGAAAUAAUGGCAAUGCCUGACAGACCAUACAGAAAAUUUGUUCGGCUAUGUGAACGCCAACGUCAGGAUCUUGCUAGGCAAGUACAGGCCUCUCAGAAAGCCAUACGAGAAAAGCAGUUGAAAUCUAUUUUCCAGUGGCGCAAAAAACUUCUUGAGGCUCAUUGGGCUAUCCGUGAUGCUCGAACUGCCCGCAAUAGGGGAGUUGCUAAAUAUCAUGAGAGAAUGCUGAGGGAGUUCUCUAAGAGAAAGGAUGAUGAUCGCAAUAAGAGGAUGGAGGCCUUGAAGAAUAAUGAUGUGGAUAGAUAUAGAGAGAUGUUACUAGAACAACAGAGUGGCAUGCCUGGUGAUUCUGGAGAGAGAUAUGCUGUUCUCUCAUCAUUUCUUUCUCAGACAGAAGAGUAUCUUCAUAAACUAGGAAGUAAGAUAACAGCUGCCAAAAAUCAGCAGGAGGUUGAGGAGGCAGCAAAUGCUGCUGCUGCUGCUGCAAAAGCCCAGGGUCUAUCUGAAGAAGAAGUAAGGGCUGCUGCCUCAUGUGCUCGAGAGGAAGUGAUGAUAAGGAAUCGUUUCUCUGAGAUGAAUGCACCAAAAGAUGGUUCAUCUGCUAACAAGUAUUAUACUCUUGCACAUGCUGUUAAUGAAAGGGUUUUGAGGCAGCCCUCAAUGCUAAGAGCAGGAACUCUACGAGACUAUCAGCUUGUUGGUUUGCAGUGGAUGCUCUCUUUGUAUAACAACAAGUUAAAUGGAAUUUUGGCUGAUGAGAUGGGUCUUGGAAAGACUGUUCAGGUUAUGGCAUUGAUUGCUUAUCUGAUGGAGUUCAAAGGAAACUAUGGUCCACAUCUUAUUAUUGUUCCCAAUGCUGUUCUGGUUAACUGGAAGAGUGAGUUGCACACCUGGCUCCCAUCUGUAUCUUGCAUUUUCUAUGUUGGAGGAAAGGACCAAAGAGCGAAGUUAUUUUCUCAGGAAGUUUGUGCCAUGAAGUUCAAUGUUCUUGUGACAACCUAUGAGUUCAUCAUGUAUGAUCGCUCAAAGCUUUCAAAAGUUGAUUGGAAGUACAUUAUUAUUGAUGAAGCCCAACGAAUGAAAGACAGGGAAUCUGUUCUUGCUCGUGAUCUUGACAGAUAUAGGUGCCAAAGGCGUCUACUUCUCACAGGAACCCCUUUACAGAAUGAUCUUAAAGAACUUUGGUCUCUGUUAAAUCUUCUCCUACCAGAAGUCUUUGAUAAUCGUAAAGCAUUUCAUGAUUGGUUCUCUAAACCCUUUCAAAAAGAAGGCCCUGCACAUAAUGUCGAGGAUGACUGGCUUGAAACUGAGAAGAAGGUUAUUAUUAUCCAUAGGCUUCAUCAAAUUCUUGAGCCUUUCAUGCUCAGGCGCCGUGUUGAAGAUGUUGAAGGUUCACUUCCUCCCAAGGUAUCCAUCGUCUUAAAAUGCAGAAUGUCAGCUUUUCAGAGUGCUGUUUAUGACUGGAUUAAGUCCACUGGUACAAUUAGAGUUGACCCAGAAGAUGAGAAGCGCAGGGCUCAAAAAAAUCCAAUUUACCAACCUAAAACAUAUAAAACCUUAAAUAACCGUUGUAUGGAGCUCCGGAAAACUUGCAAUCAUCCUUUACUAAAUUAUCCUUAUCUCAAUGUCUCAAAGGAUUUUCUUGUCAACUCUUGUGGAAAAUUGUGGGUUCUGGAUAGGGUCCUGAUUAAACUUCAAAGAACAGGACACAGAGUACUACUCUUUAGUACAAUGACAAAACUGCUUGAUAUUUUGGAGGAAUACUUGCAGUGGCGGCGACUUGUGUACAGACGAAUUGAUGGCACAACUAGCUUAGAAGACCGUGAAUCAGCUAUUGUGGAUUUUAAUAGCCCAGAUACUGAUUGCUUUAUUUUCUUGCUCAGCAUUCGUGCUGCUGGGCGUGGUUUGAAUCUGCAAACUGCUGACACAGUCAUCAUUUAUGAUCCUGAUCCAAAUCCAAAAAAUGAGGAACAGGCAGUUGCUAGAGCCCACCGGAUAGGGCAGACUAGAGAAGUUAAGGUCCUUUAUAUGGAGGCAGUGGUCGACAAAAUCUCCAGCCAUCAGAAAGAGGAUGAAUUCCGGAGUGGAGGUGCAGUUGAUUCCGAUGAUGACCUUGCGGGUACAGACCGAUAUAUAGGAUCCAUUGAGAGUCUCAUUCGGAACAAUAUUCAACAAUACAAAAUUGACAUGGCUGAUGAAGUGAUUAAUGCUGGUCGUUUUGACCAAAGGACUACUCAUGAAGAGAGACGUUUAACUUUGGAAACACUGUUACAUGAUGAGGAGAGAUAUCAAGAAACUGUUCAUGAUGUUCCUUCCCUUCAGGAGGUAAAUCGUAUGAUUGCUAGGAGUGAAAAAGAAGUAGAACUGUUUGAUCAAAUGGAUGAAGAAAUUGAUUGGGCAGAGGAAAUGACUAGAUAUGAUCAGGUACCCAAGUGGCUUCGUGCUAGCUCUAAAGAAGUAAAUGCAGCUGUUGCUCAUUUAGCAAAGAAGCCAUCAAAGAACAUCUUAUUGAGUGGGGGAAUUGUUGCAGAGUCUAGUGAGAUGGCCUCUGAGUCUGAAAGGAGAAGGGGACGGCCAAAAGCGAAAAAGUUUCCUGUAUACACAGAGAUAGAUGAUGAAAAUGGAGAGUUCUCUGAAGCUAGCUCUGAGGAGCGAAAUGGGUAUUCAGUACAUGAAGAAGGAGAAUUGGGGGAUGAAGAUGAUGAAUUUAAUGGUACAAUUGGGGCGCCUCAAGUAAACAAAGACCAUUCAGAAGAAGAUGAUCGGGUUUCUGCUGAUGGAUAUGAGUACCAUCAAGCUCCUGGCAACAAUAGAAACAAUCAUAUACCUGAACAAACUGGUUCAUCAGGUUCAUCUGCUGAGAGCCAAAGGUUGAAGCAAAAGGUCUCACCAUCUGUGUCAUCUCAGAAAUUUGGGUCACUUUCUGCGCUAGAUGCAAGACCAACUUCUCGUUCAAAAAGGGUGGCAGAUGAGUUAGAGGAAGGGGAAAUUGCUGUGUCUGGAGACUCCCAUAUAGAUCUCCAGCAGUCUGGUAGCUGGAUUCAAGGUCGUGAUGAAGGUGAAGAAGAACAGGUCUUGCAGCAGCCCAAAAUAAAACGGAAGCGGAGUAUUCGGAUUCGGCCAAAGCAUGCUGCAGAGAGGCAAGAGGAGAAGUCUAGUGAGAAGGUGCCAGUCCUCAGUGGAAAGUCUUCACAGUUGCCCCUUCAAGUGGACCGUAAAUAUGAUCUUCAAAUUAGGAAUGGCCGGGGACCUAAAAUUCAUGGAGACCCUAGUGCUAUAAAAGAUGAUCAAACUGAUUCAUCAUUUAAGGGUAGGCGGAAUUUACCUUCAAGGAAAAAUUCACAUUUAGUGAAAGUACAGGGUUUAGUAAAAUCUGGAAGGUCUGCUCCUCCAGAAGAAGCUGCUGAACAGAUGAGACAAAAUUGGGAGAGUAAAGUCAUGAAUACUACUGGGGCUUCUGGUGGAGGCGUAAAGAUGUCUAAGGUCAUUCAGAAGUGCAAGAACGUGGUCAUUAAUCUGCAAAGGAGAAUAAACAAGGAAGGCCAUCAAAUAAUUCCACUGCUAACUGAUUUGUGGAGAAGAAUUGAAGGUGAUAUGGACAUGGCUGAUGAUAACCUUCUUGAUUUACAAACAAUUGGUUUGCGUGUUGACGAGAAUGAGUAUAGUGGAGUGCUGGAGUUUGUUUCUGAUGUGCAACUGAUGUUAAAAAGUGCUGUGCAAUAUUAUGGAUUCUCACCAGCGGUGAGAACCGAAGCAAGGAAGGUGAAUGAUCUUUUCUUUGACAUCUUGAAGAUUGCAUUUCCAGAGACAGAUUUCCGAGAAGCCAGGAAUUCUGUCUCCUUUUCUGGCCCAGCAACUAUGACUGCCUCUGGUUCGUCAACAAGACAGAUGCUUGGUCAAAACAAGCGUAACCGGCUUGUUAGUGAUGCAGAAGCAGAUGCUGGCCCCACUCAUAAACCACAAACAAGGGGAUCUCUCCAUGCUACUGAAGAUUCAAAGUCGUCUAGAAUUCAUGUGUCUCAAAAAGAAGCAAGGCUUGGUGUUGGCAGCAGCAGGGAGCAGGAUGAUCCCCGGCCAUUGACCCAUCCUGGAGAGCUUGUUAUUUGCAAAAAGAAAAGGAAAGACAGAGAGAAGUCAGUAAUGAAGACGGGAAACAUGUCAGGUGGCCCGGUAUCACCCACUGGUGUGAGCCGCAAUGCAAAAAAUUCAGGGUGUGUGUCAAUGAUGAAAGAUUCGUGGCUAAAUCAACAGGGCGUUCAACAGCAAGGGUGGGCUAACCAAUCUCCUCAACUGACAAGUGGUGGAAGCAGUGGUGGUGGGAGUUCGGUUGGGUGGGCCAACCCCGUGAAAAGGAUGAGAAGUGAUGCAGGUAGAAGGCGCCCUAGCCAUUUAUGAUCGCUGGUGGCAGUGUAUUCUUUGUACUGAUUCAGUUGCUUGCUCACUCAAGGUAAGGUACUGGUGUGUAAAUGGUUCGUCCUCCUCGGCAUCCGACAAUCUGUUUCUUUAGUAUACAAUUUUCUCUGUGGCUUCUUCAUGUAGUACCAAUUCUGCCCAAAUCUUAGAGUUGUUACUGUAGUGUUGUUGGCUGUAGUCAUUCAAGUGUUUUCCAGCUUCAUCUCAUCUCUAUCACUUUUUGGAUAUUAUAAGCAAAAAUUUUCAUUGAAACGCCUUCUUAAGGGCGUGGGAAUUGAUUCAGAGUUGUGAAUUCUGCCCAA